CAAAGAUCAAAACUUUUUUUUGCCUUUUUUUGCGAUCAUCGGCAUCCAAGAGAAUAGGAGACACAAAAUCGAUUAAUCGAUGAUACUGUAAAGAUCAUCUGAUCUGAUCUUGGAUGAACAUCGUCCUUGUUCGCGCGCGGUUCAUGAUCAGGUUCUUGGCAUUCCCUGUGAUCUGAGCGCGCGGUCGGUCUCUAUCGGAUCGGUCCCGAUCGAGAGACCGGGAUCGAUGGGACCGCCGCAGAGGCAGCAGUCCCCGGACCAGGCACGGCCGCCGGCGGGGAGCGCGUGCGUGUGGGUGGUGGCGGUGGUGCUGCUCCUCGCCGUGCUGGCCGGCGGCGGGUGCCUGGGGCUCUACGUCACGCUGCCGCCGUCCGAGGUGCCGCAGUGGCUGCCGGCCGCCGGGCUCGCCCUCGUCGCGCUCCCGUGGGCGUUCUGGAUCGCCACGUGCGCGUACCGGUGCUGCUGCUCGGGGGACGCGGCGGUGGCCAAUAUUGUGGAGCGGCGGUCGUCGUCGAGGGCGGGCGCCGCCGCCGUGGCGCCCAUGCCCAGCAGCAAGAGCCUCAAGAGCGCGCUCAGCACGAGGCACACCAACGGGUCGCCGGCGUCGGGGUCAGGGACGACGGGGUCCCCGACCGCCAGCAGCGCCGCGCGCCGGGUGCGCUUUGGAGACACCACGGUGUUCGGGGAGGACCACGCCGCGCCGGAGAAGGACGACGCCUCGUCGGUGCACUCCAACGAGAGCGAGGCGCCUCUCACAUACAACAUGCAGUCCUCGUCGUCAUGAUGAUGUCUUCCGCAUCGUGUAGUGCAGGUAAUCAAGAAAUAGAUCACUAAUAAUUAAACAGGUACAUGUAGAGAGAUUUUUCUGUUACACAAUGAAAUUAAAUGCAAAAG